CUUUAGCGCGAACUGAGAGCGCGCCGCAGCUGCCUGGGGAGCGGCUCUUUCAAGUGUGUCCGCGGCACAACUCGGAGCUCAGCAGGUGUUUUCGGUAGGUCGUAUCGGACGCGCUGAAUAGGCGCGAUCUGCACACAUCGCUUUUCCUCGGAUCGUACUGCCGCGUCGCCCAAAGCUUGUGCGUGACCACUUGAAGAAAAAAAGCUGCGACUUCAACACUGCUCGAAGAUGUGCGGCUGAGGGGCGGCCGCCGCGACGUGCCUAAUUGGGGAACAGACACACAUCACUCAGUGCCCUGGAGCUGAGCGCUGGCGUCAGGCGGCGAGCGCCUGCGGAUGCAGCCUUAUGCGGGCGAAGAGCUUCCUCCUGUUGCUGGCCUGCAUUGUGGUGACCAGCACCCUCAUCUGCCUCUAUGGGGACCCAAAACCCGCCCUGGACGGGCUCGUCUCAGAGACCCACCGGCAGCUCACCAACCUCAAAAACCUCAAGGUUGUUCCUGAGCAGCGUGAUCCCCAGGAGCUCGAGCGGUACCUGCUGCACCUGGGGCUGUCUCCGGCCACGUCUUCAGAGGGGGGUCCCUCCCCAGCUGCCCUGCUGGCAAACGAGAGCGGUCCGCUGCCACCCAUCGUAGGCACCGCCAUGGGUGUCGACCAGCUGGGCCGACUGCCGGGCUUCCUCGAGGCCUGCCAGGCACACUUCCCCGACCACUCGGUGGUCGUCUAUGCUCUGGACUUUGGCACUGCUGAGCUGCUCGCGGCACAAAACAUGUGUAACUCCAGUAACUGCACCUUGCGCACACUCAACUUUGACUUCUACCCCGCCCACGUGAGCAACCUCAAAAUUUAUGCCUACCGGCCAAUCAUAAUUCAGGAGCUAGUUCGUGAGUCCGGUGGCGUGUUGUGGGUGGAGCCGGACUACCAGCUGACGAGUGCACCCGAUCCGCGCCGGGUGGUCGGCCGGGCACUGCGCGAGGGCCUGGCUGCGCCCUGGUCCUCCCAGCCACAGCCCACGUCGGCCCUCACACACCUGGGCAUGUUUGAGUUCCUGCGGGCACCCCGCGAGCACUUCUUCUUCCAGCGCAUGGUUGAUCCCUCCGUGCUUCUCCUGUUCGACUCGCCCCAGGUACGGGGUCGUCUGAUGUUGCCGUGGGUGCGAUGUGCCCUGGUGGCCGACUGCAUCACGCCAGUGGGGGCCCAGAGUACGGGCUGUCGCUUUGACAAGAAACCCCUGUACCGGUACUCGGGUUGCCAUAGGUACGACGUAUCAGCUCUGAACAUUAUCCUGGGCCUGCUCUACGAGAACAACCGGCAGCCGUACGUCUUUCAAGACGAGGACCACUUCUUCCGGAGGAUUGUGGACGGCGGUGAUGGGCCGCUGUCAGGUCAGCCCGAGGCCAACAGCACGGCCAACCGCUCGACCACCCGAUGAUGGCGGCGCACCCGUCCUCCGAACGCCGGACAAUGUAGCGCGCACCUCACCGCUUCCGUCACUGCUGCGACAGAUCGCGGCCAGUCACAAGUCCUCCAUCGCCUAUUAUGCGCAAGUGCUGUUGGCGGGCUUUUUAGCCGGCACAGAGUUUGCCCCCCUUGAGCCGUUUCUUCCAUAUUGCCGAGGCACCGUGAAAAAUUGCACGCCAGUGCAUUCAGAUUUUAAAUUCUGCGAAGACGCACGGCAAUUGAUUUGGAUAGGGCCCGGUGUUGAGAGGAGAGUAGCUUUCUAGCGCACGAAAGAAUGAAGGAACGAAUGGGCCUGCAUCCACAUCCAGCCUUCCAUCCUGUGUUCUUUUGGGCUCUGAAAAGCUGCUACGGUUUACAACAUGCUCAAGCAUGUGCUCUUUUGUAAGAAAGAGCACGGUGGUUGCACCUUCCCUGGCUCCCCACACCAAUUGUCGAGAGUCUCGAGUGGUGAUUUAACAGUGUUCUGCUGGUGAAAUUUCAUUUAUUCUCUAAUGGCUUCCGUUGUUGGCAUGAGUAGGAGCUGCUUGAUGGCUUUGAGGCAAACUCGCAAUGAUUGUUCCGCGUAUGCUUUUGCAUUUGCUGCCCGUUAUACUUUUGUGUUGUCGAGAGACAAAUGGCUGCCGCUGCUCGCAAUCGUUAGGCACCCCGAUGCGACACACAAGGGCAAGAUGGACAGACAGCCGUGCACUGCCCAGAUUUUGGAAUUGGACAUUUCAAAAUCCUUACCACAGUCUCCCGGAAAAGCCCGGCCUUCAACUAUAUCAAUUCCGCAAAGUUCAAAAACAGAUGUGAGCUUUAGCUGUGUUUAGCAACAUGAUUUGAGCUGGGGUCAAAAUUUCUAUAAUUUGGGUGCACCUUUCGCACAACUUUUGCAACGAUUUUCUUGUUCUGUUCGGUGAGACAGUUUUGCGAGCUGCUGUGUUUGUUGCUCUGCGAACAUAUCUGGUGACGGGCACAUUUGCCACUGCCCCAAAUUUUUAUUGCAUGUAGCGUGCUUUUCUUUCUUUUUUUUAUUUUUUGUAACGUCUUCAGAACAACAUGCCCAGCACGGACAAUAUGCUGUAUUAGUGUUGUAAGCUGUACCGUGACUCUGGUGGAGUGUACCGUGGGUUGUUUUCAUUUCUGUUGAAGUUUGAACAUGCAGUUGUUAUUGUUUAAAAAAAAAAAAAAGAAAUCUUUUUUUUUUUUUCUUUCUAUCUGUGUGCCAAUGCUGAAAGUUGCAUGCAGUGGCUGCCACCAGAUUGUGUCAGAGCUUGAUUGCGUGUUUACAUUACCGGAGCUUAUCGAUCGUCGCAUGACGGUUGUGCCUUUUUCCAACCGGGAAAUGACGGUCAUCAGAGGCUCUGGAAAACCAGGUGCGGCGUAGCAGUUACAAAGAACAAAAACCUUACUAAGAACCACUUUAUUAACUACCAUUUUAAAAGCUUGCAGCUAACUAGGUUCUUGCCAAGUACAGCCAGAUUUGUUGCAUACCUGCACGAGUCUUUCAGAACAACUGCUUUAUUCGUGUUUUUUUUUUUUGUCAUUGUGACGUCGUGAACGUCGAGGCAGCCGACAACGAUAUUUAGUACGAUUUGUUGCAAAUGUGAUCAGCAGUGUUUGGGUGUGGAAUAGACACCUUGGUUAUUACCAUGCACCCCUCUGCUUUUGCAGAUGACGUGUGAACCUUAUCGUUUGGUUUUUUUUAAGGAGCAAAUGGCCAACUUGCCAGGCCCUUCUUGGGAUCCUCGCUUGUCGGCAAAGUUGUGGUCUCUUUUUUUUUUCUUCAAUCCGAUGAUCAAAACGGAGUCAACAAACGGUUUAGAGCUUUGUUCGAUAAUCCAGAGGGAGGGUUGUUAAAAAGAGAAACCCUGGCUACUGGCAUUGUUGAAGCAGCAGGACUUUUCUGUGUAUAUUAGUCAAAAAAAAAUAUGUACCGUCGCUCUAGUUAACACAUGUGUAUAGGUUGUUUGCACACGCAGUUCUUGCGUUUAUAAGCCAUAUGUUAGUUUUAGCAACCUGCUGGAAUUCAGUGCCAGGCUAGUCAGUGCGGUCUUUGUGAUUGCACGAGAUACACACCAUCUUGCCUCCCAUUUUUCAGUAUCCUCCUCUUCGGUCCUUAAAUUUUUUCUUUCGCGUCACGUAUCCCUCCUUAGAUGUGUUCAUUUUGUAUUUCUUUGUGGUUGUUUCCUCCCACCUUUUCCAGACGAGGGUGUGCAUUCUGGAACCAUCACUCAAUAAUACAACAUUAAAUAGGACUGACAAUUGGGCAAGUUCGUACGGAUAAGUCGGCGUGACUGAAUAAGAUGAAAGACCGGUCACGUGUCUUUAGUCUUUCGUCUCAUUCGAGCACGCCGGUUUAUAAUAACGAUAAAGCGUCUUCAGCUUGUACUUUUCGGCCGAAUCGGUAGGUUUUAACAAAAUAAGAGUUAGGGCAGGCUUGCUUCCGGCCGACGUUAUUGUCACGUUGGCACGGUGGCCAACAAGAUGUUGGAAUGUCUGGAAUCGUUCCAGGUAAACAUUGCUUCCGGGAGUUUACAUGAAAUCGAAGAUGGCGAAAAGGAGAGGGAUUGUUCCAGAACACAGCCCCUGCCCCGGCACUCGCUGCUGCAAGCUUUCGUUGCGCGUGCAUGCAUGUUUUCAUGCCGUCUGUUGAACAAACGGAUCACAUUUUUAUUGUUUCAUUUACGCAGAUGAUUACAAGAGUUUUAUGUAGUAUAGCGUAUGUUGUGUUCAUUCAAGGUCCCCACGCCCCUUUUCUCUCGCCGACAAUUUUUUUUUCCUUUCUUAUUUAGGGGAUAUGUGCAUGUUAAAUGUAGCAAUACCCUAGUGGCAUAUAUGUGUGCGCUGCUUCCAAAGCGAGUUUGGUCAGUGGUUAUAAAGUGUACGGUUAUGUCUUCUUUUAAGUGCCGCAGAAGCGUGCAGUGUUCUGACUUUGCAUUCCAAUUCAUUUGUUUGAAUUGGCUCUGGCUUGCAAGCGAAAGCAGCAACUGCUUGCCUCCCGUAGAGCGGAAUCUUCCAAAAGCCCGUACAGACUACAUCCUGCAUGCGAGCACUGUUGUGCAAGCGCUUGGGACACUUAUUUAACGUUUGAAGCAUUUUUUAAUAACGGCCGUUGUUUCAGACAAACAGGUUUUCCCAGUUUACCUGUGAAACUAUGGCUUCCAGUGCACACUGUUACGGUUGUGCUGAACCGACAAGCAGGCAUUGUUGCCGCAGAGCAAGUUUGCGAGAUCGUAUGCUAAUUCAUUUGCACUUUUAUAUUCCUGUGCGAUUGUUGUUGUUGUUAAAGAAGCACGAAAGAGAACCCAUAUGUCCGGCCAUAUUUGCGAAUUACACUAGUACAACAGAAAAACGAACACUCUUAUUGCGAGAACAAGCUCUGUAAACAGCGAAGAUUUAGAUAAAGGAAAAAGUUGUAGCAGUGCACCCUAAUGCUUUUGCACCAGCCCGCCACAAUCCACUGGAUUUUGGCAGCAUCUGCUCGAGCCCAGUUAAAAUUGCUUCAUGUUAAAGACCACACAGUGCAGUUUAAAAUAGGCAAGGAAAUCUACCCAGCAGGAUUCGAACUGGUGUGUGAACGCACUUUUUUGAACAAUGUACUGACAAUAACAAUCUAAGACGAUAGUUUACAAGACUAAACUAACUUAACAUUCCUCAGACACUCCUGAAAAAACACAAGGGGGCGAAAAAUUUGAGUAGAAUUGCUGUAUUAUCCCAGCCCUGGUAUCACAAUGACGAAAUGUAACUGGUUUCACGGCGUGAGUCAACCUUGUUCGGCUGGUCAGCUAAAAUAAAGUAGAUUUCAUCUCGCUGUCAGAGUUUGCAAGCAGUUGCCGCUUGAGGAACGCACGAGUUGCCCGUUCUGGAGGUUUGCCCCCCCACUGAAAGGCGAAAGUAUGAAUCUGUGUCUACCACUGAAAAGUCUACUGCUGUUGGGGGCAUACAUUCCACUUUAGUCAGCAAUGCAAGCUGUGUCUGUGAUCUUGGUUACAUCGUUUUUUUCUUCCAUCUUUGUUUUUUUUUUUUUUUUUUUCAUGUGUCCCUGUAUGCUGAAUUUUUGCUUUCUCUCAGUUGUUUUGAUAGUCUUUCAAAGCAAUAUGACGUCUUGCACAGACAGUUAAUUACAAGCCAUAAUACAGAAAGCUGAACACGAAAGUUGCACCGCAUGCCAGCUUUUGCCGACAGUUGCAGAUGUCCUGCGCUCGGUGUAUUCACUAAGCAAAUUAAGCGAGGACGACCGUUUGUUGCGACACGGUGUUCGAAAUCCCAAGGUAGUCUUGGUUUUCGUCACGACCCAAUUUCUGCGAAUGGUCUAUAAUUUGCGAAACGUUAGUCCGCGUCGAAUCGCAUCCUUACAAGCAUCCAGUUCUCUCAUUUCCUAAGGAAUGUGGGAGCGUGCGAGCGAUUCUGAAGCUCGAGAUUAGGCCAUGAAUGUUAGAGUCUUAAAUAAACAGUUAACUAAACGAAGAGUCAAUAAAUUUGGUUUCCAAACAGCAGUUACUUUCUACGGAAAAAGGGCCAUCGAGACCGCCCAAGACGAAAUAAACACUUGAGCUUAGAACAUGGCGUUGCACAACAUUCGAAGUUGCUCACGCUUGCAAGACGGACUGGUUGUGUGCGCAACUGAGUCGAGGAACAAGCUGCACCGGUCUGUUUCCGUUGACGGGCUCGCUUGAACACUACCGAAGGAUAGUUUCUAGUGCAUCAAGAGCUAUCUAUGCAUGCGAGUUUUGUGUACUGUGAUGCUUGGCUGGGCCUGCGCGUUUGCCGCAACAAAGUGUCUUGAACAGUUACCGACGUGUAGCGAGGCUCGAAUAAGUGGCUAAGUUGUUGCUCUGCAGUUCUUUGACUGCACUGGAUGCAGUAUGCACAAGACAAUGACGAGCUAGGCUUUUAUACUCACACAGACGUCUUUUUGGAUAGAAUGUGCGCGGCAGACCUUUUUUCUUUAAUAAAGAUUUUUUUAAA